AUGGCGGACGAGGCCAUGGAUAGUUACCUGUACUCAGCCUACACCCCCUACUCCUAUCGCUACCAGCCGCCCAAGGGCAAAGGACCCCCGGGCGCCUGGCGGCAGCGGGGCACCUACUUCUCGAGCUAUGGGGACACGGCGGCGGCGGCCGCGGCCGAGUACUUCGAUAACUACCAGCGGGCGCAGCUGAAGGCGAUCCUGUCCCAGGUGAACCCCAGCCUGACGCCGCGGCUCCGCAAGGCCAACACCAAGGAGGUAGGGGUGCAGGUGAACCCGCGGCAGGACGCCUCGGUGCAGUGCUCGCUGGGGCCCCGCACCCUGCUGCUGCGGCGGCGGCCGGCCCCUGGGCUGCCCUCGCUGCGGCCCCGAGAGCAGGAGCAGGGCAGCCCCGCCACCGCCAGCGGCCGGCCCGUGCGCUUCCCCAGGACCAUCGCCGUGUACUCGCCCAUGGCGUCCCGCAGACUCACCACCUUCCUGGAGGAGCCGGAGCCCGAGGACCCGGGGCAGGAGGCGGCCGAGGAGGAGCCGGAGGAGGCGGCCGCCGAGGAAGAGGAUCAGCAGAGCACUGAGGCGGCCGCCGUGCGGGCCAGCUGGGAGCAGCCCCCCGGGAGCAGCGCGGAGCCGCAGGACCCGCGGCCGCCCCAGCAGCAGGAGGUGGUGGUAGAGGAGGAGGCAGCUGCCCCGCGGCAGGAAGGCCCGGUGGAGGCCCCCGAGCCCCAGGCCGGGCAGCCCCAGGCCGCAGCCCCUCAGGAGCCGGGGCAGGGCAAGACCCGCCUGCGCUUCCAGUUUCUGGAGCAGAAGUACGGCUACUACCACUGCAAGGACUGCAACAUCCGUUGGGAGAGCGCCUACGUGUGGUGUGUGCAGGGCACCAACAAGGUCUACUUCAGGCAGUUCUGCCGGACAUGUCAGAAAUCCUAUAACCCCUACCGCGUGGAGGACAUCACCUGCCAGAGCUGUAAGCAGACCAGAUGCACCUGCCCUGUGAAAGUGCGCCAUGUGGACCCCAAGAGACCCCAUCGUCAAGAUCUCUGUGGGAGAUGCAAAGGCAAACGUCUUUCCUGUGAUAGUACAUUUAGUUUCAAAUAUAUUAUUUGA